AAUAAUUUGCCCUUCUCCAUUUGUAGGCGGCCGGAAAGUUCAAAGGAAAACGCCGCCGCCUUUGACAAAACUUCCCCCCUACCUCCACAACUUCAAACUCUGUCUUCGUCAAUCCAAUCUAAUCUCUUUCGACUUCCUUCCCUUCCUGGUUGAUCCAGCCGCUUUCAUGGCUGGAUUCUUCGCCUAUGCUAUAGGCGGCGUCGGCUUCCUCAUAAUCGCCGCCACCGAAUCCCUCUCCGUUGCUCUCCCCCUUCCUAGAUCCCUCCCCUUUGUCUUUGCCGCUUCCCUGUCCAUCCUCGCCGUCGCCAAUUCCGUACUCACCUCCGUUCUCUCGGCGCUUGCCUCUUCCUCCGCGGAUCCCAUCGGCUCCCCGCUCCCUCUCUCCUCCCUCCCCGUUGCUGCUUUCUUCCUCCUCUUUUCCCUUUCCUCGCUACUCUCUCUGUCUGAUCUACUUUCCCUCCCCAGCACCCUCCUUCAUUUCCUAUCCCUCUCCGCCUUCAUACAAGAAUUCCUCCUCUUCCGCCUUCGCAACAACAAGGACCCCGACGGCCUUGAGAAUCGCUACUUCGAUCUUCUGCUCGUCCCAAUCCUCAUCUGCGCCGGUGCUUCUCUCCUAGCGAUCGCCCGCCCUCGAUCUCCCUUUCCCCGCCUCGCCCGGGCCGCAGGCCUCGCCCUUCAGGGCUCCUGGUUACUGCAAACGGCUUUCUCUCUCUUCACAUCCUUAGUUGCCCAUGGAUGCGUCCUUCGCCGUCGCAGCAGCGCCAAUUUUACCGUCGUCUGCCAUGGCCAUGCUGACAUCCACCGCAGCGGCGCCAUAGCCACCCUCCAGUUCAACUGCCAUCUAGCCGGCCUCGUUACUGUGGCUGUUGGGUUCUAUGCGAUCUUGGCUGGGAAAAAUGGCAGCGGCGGUGGUGGCCGAGGGAUCGGAGGGUACAAUCCGAUUAAUAAGGAGUUGCACAGAAUGGAGCAUAUUUCGACGUCACAUUUCACGUUGGAUUCCGAUGAAGAUGAAGAGACAAAUAUGCCUAAGCAGGGUGAUGCAGUCUCCGUACCCAUGAAUGGUUUUGGAGCUGCUCAUUGAUGCCGCGCGGAAAGGAGGUUGCCCCCUUGGCGGAUGGAAUUUUUAUUCUGUUCAGAGUCUGGAUGUCGUCCAGAGACCAACAAAAAUGCACGACGUCACCCCAAAAGUGUACCGCACUCGGUACUGCUCGAUACCGGUGCUCAGUACCAAGUGGGUAUUGGACGGUUCUCCCGUCCGGUGUCCGCACAUAAUAAUCUCCCUGGCGGAUGCCAUUUUGUCUAUUUUAUUGAAGUUUUAUGGCUAUUUUCUUAAAGAUAGCAAAUUCAAAAAUCCCAACCUUGGAAUGAAUGUUUGGCAGUGUUUCAUGCUCCUACCAUUAGCUACCCAUGUUGACUUGGGUUUGCAUUGCAAGAAAACUUAGGUUUUGCAAUGAUGAGAUGAGUACAUGAUAUUCAAAUCAUGGCGUGCUUUAAAAUAGAAAAAUUCAUAAUGCUAGUAAUUGAGAUGAAAAACAAGGAAUUGUUUGAUGCCUCCUGUAACAGUGGUGUUAGCUUGACAGGCUAUGUUUUUAAGGUGUGGCAUACCAAAAGCUUGCCAUGGAGAAUCUGUGUUUUAUGCUUAAAUCAGUAACUCGAAAUUUCCUUAAUGGGUAAGAAAUUCAUAUUGGUACCCAAAGUAUUUAGUCUAACAGGGAUUGGAUAAUCUGUUAUUAAAAUCUGUUGCUCUCUAAUUGGUAUACCCUCUAAUGCAAUUAGCAAAGAACGCUGCCCAGGCUGUUGGUUUCAGGGGCGG